UACUAAAUUAUCAAGUUGGGCAUUUGGUCUAGUGGUAUGAUUCUCGCUUUGGGUGCGAGAGGUCCCGAGUUCGAUUCUCGGAAUGCCCCUUUUUCUUAUUCAACUCAUUUUCCUAUUUCCCUCCAAAUUCCCACUCUUUUUCCUCGUUUAUCGCUUCGCAUCCCCAAAAUCCACAACUCAAAUUCAUAUUACAGUCUCUCACCCCGAUUUCACUAUCAUUUUCUGUCAUUCAAUUUGUAAUCUUACAUAAUCAACGUUAUAUUCCAUGAGUUUAUCCUCCAAUCUACGAUUAAGUUUUCAGUUUUUCUUUUAAACUUUUUAGUGAUCACUAGCUUCUCAAAUAAGCUUCUACGUCGAUUCUUCCAUCUUCUGUAGAAUAAUGCCGGUUUUCUUGUUUCUAAUCGGUUUUUGUUGUAGGCGUUUGGUGUGAAUUGAAAGAACUGAUUAGGGUUUUGGUUUUGCACAAAGUGUUUAAUUUAUGGCCGCAUUGGACGAUCGUGAAGCGGGCAACAACCUUAAUGUAAGUGUUGAGGAUGAUCAUCUUAUUGCUGGGGAUUUUGAUUUCACCGAAGAAUUGGAAAGCCCGUUGCAGAAUUUGGAUGCAGAUACUGAGGAGUUGGAUAUUUCACAUUUUGUUGGCGACCUGAGAGCCCUAAUGGUAGAUGAUAGUGAGGAUGAAAUUGUGCUGGAUAGUGAUGAUGAAGCUAUCUCUGAGCAAAAACAGGGAAAAAUAAGAGGACGUUUAUGGCGACAUGCACAAUCAGUUGAUGUUCGUUCUUCAGCGGGAAGCAAUUUGACAGACAAAGUAACUGAUAAUAUUCCCAGUGAAAGAUCAGAAGAGAGAAACUUAGUGUCACAUAAUGAAAAUGAAACUGGGAGCAGGGAUACAGACACAAGAUGUUCAAAAGGAGAUAAGCUUGUUAAUUUGAAUGCCUCUUCCAAUAAUUUUGAGGGUGAGAAUGCAGUAGUUGAUGAAUCUCAAGAACCUGGAGAAUCAUCAGAAGCUGAUGCAUUGGACUUUGUGGAUCAUUUUCUGUCAGUUAGUGCUGUAAACUCGUCUCCAGAAGUCAAGAUUCUGAAAUAUGAUGGGCCAAGAUCACCUUUUAGUUCAUGUGCAAAAGGGUCCCAAAAAUUGGCAAUGAAGACCAGUUUUAUGACCAAAAUUGGCGUUUCAACCUUCGAUUGGGAUAGUGAUCAACCUGAUCAUGGAGGGGGGUUCUUUUUGGAAAAGAAAACAGAACCUGACAUACAAAGAGAUAAACAUUUGAGUGAAAGAUGCAAAUCCAAACAGCUGCCUGGAAACGAUAGCAAUGAGAGGGAUGAACCACCAGAUAUGUUUGAUGUUGGUUUUAACACUCAAAUGGCAGCUGAAGCUAUGGAAGCCUUGCUAUAUGCCACACCUCCACAUAUUGAUGUUAAUGAACAUAAAAGGGUCAAGAAUCCAACCACUGAGAAUCCAUCCAAAAAGUUCUCAUUUCCUUUGAGUGCCAACUGUGAUUCAAAAACCAAUGGAAUAAGUUUUAAGCAAAAGAGGGUUGCUAACAGAAGACAUAAAAUGUCUACUUCCUUCCAUAAUAAAAACCAAAGAGAGUUGAAUCUUGAGUUACUGAAUCUAGGAAAGGAUGAAAACUGCACAAAUGGGGAUAAUCUUACUGAACCAAAGAAGAAGGUAUAUGAGAAAUCUUUGAAAGUUUAUAAACGAAGGAAGCAAAAACAAGAUGCAGACAAGGAAAACUUAAAACCAGAUAAUGAAGUUAAAACCUUUUCACCCGUGGCUUCUCGAACUAGACGUGGGUCCUGUGUAAAACGUUCACAAAGGACUGCAGAUGCAACAUGUAAUGGUAAGGAGAUUGAUGUACUUCAUAAAAGAAAAUCAGGUGAUUGGAAGUUUGAUACAUGGAAGUGGCCCAAAAAGAAAAGGACAUGUAGAAAUAGGAGACAAAAUGCAAAAUUGACAAACACCUUAAAUGUUCAAUCUCCUGUAGUCAAGGGUGGCAAUGGUGAGAUGGAAGGGAACUUCAAGGAAGCUUCUUUCAUGUCAAGUGUAAAGAGGAAAGCACGCUCUGCUUCCAUAUACAGGUCAACAUCUGGAAAGAAACUUAGCAACACUAAAUGUGUUUCAAUGAGGAUUCCAAAAACUUUAAAUGAAUCUGAACACUCGUUCGAAUCUAUACCAGCUUUAGGUGGUGAGGAGAAGAUAAAAGAUUUAUCAUCAAAUGGAAAGAACAAGACACCAUCCAUUAUGAGUGGCGCCUCUAGGACUUCUGAUCAGGUAGGUCUACCCCGGAAGCAACUGCACAAGAAAAGCUCUACAAGUUCCUCUCUCAGGAAUGAGCUUCCUAGAUUGGGAUUUUCCGAAUCUGCCCCUGAUUUUAUGUCAAAGGAUUUGAGGAGACGUAGAAGUAAGGUAGAAAUCCGUGUCUUGUUCAGCCAAAGCCUUGAUGAUGAUGUGGUUAAGCAGCAGAGAAAGAUUCUGAAAAAGUUGGGAACUUGUAUGGCAACGGAUUGCUCAGAUGCUACACAUUUUGUAGCUGAUAGAUUUGCAAGAACAAAGAAGAUGUUGGAAGCAAUGGGUUUGGGUAAACAAAUUGUAACACCCUUGUGGCUAGAGAGCUGUGAUCAGGUAGGGUGUAUUAUUGAUGAGAAAAAUUACAUCCUUAGAGAUGCUAAAAAGGAAAAACAGAUCGGCUUUAGCAUGCCUGUUUCAUUGUCUCGUGCAACAACACAUCCACUUCUAAAGGAUCGAAGAGUCUUCAUUACCCCAAAUGUAGAACCUGACAGAGAAAUGAUUAAAAACUUGAUCAAGGCUGUUCAUGGUCAGGUCAUGGAAGACAUUGAGCAAGCUAGCAUGGAGUGCAAGACCUCAGAUGAUAUGUUAAUACUGUCUUGUGAACAAGAUUAUGUAUCAUGUUUUCCAUUCUUAGACAAAGGUGUAGCAGUUUAUAGUUCAGAACUCUUACUAAAGGGGAUCAUUAUUCAGAAACUAGAAUAUGCCAAGCAUCAACUGUUCAAGGGGCAUAUUAUAAUGAAGCGCUAUGCAAAGAAACGGAAGAAAAAUGGAAGCGGGGAUCUUGAUGUAGUGUAGUUCAUGGUGGUUAGAAGAAACAUCAACAUCAACAUCAACGCUCUGAUGUUUUGUACAUUUGUUCUCAUAUUAUAGCGACUUGUCAAAAUGGCUGUUUUGAAAUAUGGUUUUCAUCACUUUUUGCUACAAAUCCCAAUUCCCAAAUGUCAUUUUGAUUCUUGUUGUAGUCGAAUGAGGAUUUUUGGCAUACCUUUUUCGUACACACAGUAAAUAUGAAAUUUACAUGA